AUGAGAAAUACAAUUUUUCAAGAGCCUGAGAUAAAAGUGAGUGUUACUGAUGCUUGGAAGCAAUUCAAGCAACUAAAAGUAUCACGUAUUGAAGAACCACUCUUAUAUUCUGCAUUCUUAGUGUGUAUGUUGAUGUUUCUUGUGGUUUUUCUUGAACGACUCUACAUGACUGUCCUGAUAUUGUGUCUAAAAGCGUAUGGAAAAAAAACAUACACACAAUACAAGCUCGACACCGUGAGAGAAAUGAUGGAGCGGAAUAAAGAACAUCCAAGAGUCCUGAUCCAGAUACCUAUAUACAACAGAAGUAAGGAUUACGACCUCUCAAUUGGCGCUGCUUGUGUACUCAAAUGGCCACAAGAGCGACUCAUCGUUCAAGUGAUUGAUUUUUCAACCAACGAGGCGAUGAAGGCACAUGUAAAGGCAGAAUGCAGGCAAUGGGAAAUGCAAGGCGUGAAUAUCAAGUACGAAAACAGGACAAACAUAAUUACUUGGCGUAUAGGAGCUCUGUACCAAGGAUUACUGAAGCGGUAUGUCAACGAUUGCGACCAAUUGGUGAUCUUUAAUCCAGGUUUCCAGCCGAGGAAUGAUUUUCUUAUGAAAACCAUUCCUUAUCUUACUGAAAACAACCACCUGGGGAUGGUUCAGGCCAGAUGGACCUCUGUUGAUGACUGGCUUGUGCCCUGGCUCCCGGAGACUUCACUUAACUAUCACUUCACUGUUGAGCAACAAGAAGAGUUAUCAUCAUAUGCAUGCCUGCCUUUUGGAAUCGAUGGUAAUUUAAAACCCCUAUGCAUAAGUGAAUACGAAAUUAGUUUGAGAAAAUUGAUGAAUCUUGUGUUGGUAGAUACGGUGAUCGGUGCGUGGGAUAUUGAAGCCAUCGUAGAUGCAGGCAGAUGGAAAGAACGAUGCACUGCGGACAUUAUGGAUCUUACUAUGAGGUUGGAUUUUUCACAAAUUGCGCGGUGCGAUGUGGGUUAUGAUUUUAUGUAUUACUAG